AUUUACUUAGAUUUCAGAAUGAAUACUUUAACAGUGGCUUGUUUGUUGGCCGCGAUGGCGAUUGCGACCGCCAUGCCGUCACCCUCGGAAACCUAUACUGAUCGCUUUGACAACAUCGACCUAGACGAGAUUAUCGGCAAUCGUCGCCUCCUCGUGCCCUACAUCCAUUGCGUUCUGGACAAAGGAAAGUGUACUCCCGAUGGCAAGGAGCUUAAAUCUCACAUUAAAGAAGCGUUGGAAAACAACUGCGGUAAAUGCACGGAGACCCAGAAAUCUGGCAGCAGGAAAGUGAUCGGUCAUUUGAUCAACAACGAGAAGGAGUACUGGGGCAAGUUGACCGCUAAAUACGAUCCUGAACGUAAAUACGUCACCAAGUACGAGUCCGAACUACGCAAGAUUGCCGCCUAAUUCAACAGUUCCAUCUGACAACAUGUAAAUAUUUUCAAAAGUUCCCGUUGUUAUUAUUUCGAUAAAUAAAGCAUUAUAAAAAAGUUAAA